GUUUUCAUGUUUCAUGUUUCUUUCGUGUUCGCUCUUUUAUCCUUUUAGUUCUUCCAGGCAGAGGAACCCGACAGAAUCCUUCAAAGAACUCAUCAAUCACGAGCUUUGACUUUGGCGAUUAUAUCAGCAAUAGCGAGAUUCGCGGCUUGUGCAUGUAUACUUCUGACGGACUGUCAUGCCGUCUGACGAGUUUCCCAGCCUAUCUCAAACAAGCAGGCACGGUGAUUCCGGUGAUGAGUGUAUGUGCAUGUGCGUUAUCCAUUCCCCACUCCCCACCCCCACGCUUCCUUGACCGUUCCUCCUGUUCCUUUCCUCCUACACUUCCAAUUUUGAACCUGAACGUGAUCCGAUGAUCGGCUUCUUCUAGUUGACUUCCAACUUUCAACUUCAUCUUCCUCUCAAGCCUUGUACCUUUUCAAAAUGGCAACUGCGCGGCUAAAGGAUAUCCGCCUGAGCGGUGACUGGUGUUUGUCUAUCUCAGGGCGCACAUUCCUUUGAGGAUACACUUUUAGUCCAGCAACCAGCAAUCAGCAGGCACUACCUAGCCCGAAAGGUGGCUUUACUGAUGAAGAGUCCGGAUUGCUCCAUUCUUUCAUGAGUAGAAGGUGAUGCCGGAUGGACGAUCAAGCGUGCGGCACCCUUGAAAAGCAUGUCGUCAAUUGAAGAAAUUUCCAAGGCAGCCAUUACGGCUGACCUGGCUAGGAACCUAACUCCUCUAAUCAUAUCACUUGGCGUGGAUGCGCUAAUGAUGGGCGUUAUUGGAAACCAGUUCCUGCGGUAUUUGUUAAUCACAGAGCACGAGUCGGUCCAUAUCAAGCUCGUUAUUUACUUCGCCACAGCAGCAGCGGUUGCAACCACCUGCUUUACAUGGGCAAUGGAGGUGAACAUGUUCGCAUACAACUAUGGGCAGUACGCCCAAUUCACUUCUCAACACUGGUCAGCAUGGUAUGGCUUGCUCUGCUCCUUGACAAAGAUCCCUGUGCAGGCAUUUUACGGCGAGAGAGCUUGGAGAAUUAACAACCGGAGCGUGAUCAUCUCUGCAACCCUUCUCUUCACCUUAUCAUUGUCCGCCAUCGGAUCUAUCGGAUACACUGCCCUCGAUCACAGGUUGGAUUUUUCUGCUGAUAUCAGCUAUGCGGGAACGGUGUUCUUUUACCUCUGGCCCACCGCCUGUAUCGUUUCUGAUCUAAUCAACACCGGUGGUAUCCUGUGGGGUCUUUACAAGUCGCGAACAGGGUGGAUUGUCACCGACAAACUCAUCUACAAGCUUAUGAGGAUCGCCGUCGAAGCCCAGAUUCCUCCUACUAUCUUUGCUUCAAUCGUAUUGAUGGCGUGGUCUCGAGAAAUGGCUUCGAUCUCUACUCUCUUUAUGAUCAUGCUUCCCAAGGUCUAUCUCACGGGAGCCCUCAGCGUUCUCAACUCUCGUGAUACUAUACGCCAGAAUAACUCUACUUAUUACAGCAAUUCUGACUUCAACUCUGGCCAGAAGAGUAGCAGGCGUCAAGCAGAUACCGGCGUCACCGUCUCAACAGAUACAUAUGUCGAGAGUCACUUCUCGUACGAAGCUCCAAAAAUGGGCUUGAACCGAAUCCUCGCUAAAGAUCACCGACAUGAUUCUGUUGACGACUUGGAAGCUGGGAUGUCGUUAUCUGCGAUUCCCGUACAAAUGUCAAAAGAAGAACUGAUCGAUGAUGACAAAGGCCGGGUUCACAUCUAGUUAUGCGAGACGUGUUUGGAAUGGUCGAAUAAUAGAGGUUGUGGGCAAUUCUUUGUAGUGAAACCUGAUCUGGCAAUGGAAACUUUUUAUGUUGUUACUCUACU